AUGAAUGUUCUAUUAUGUUCCAUCAACACAUUAAAAAGAUUAUACGAUAUAUCGGCUGUGGAAGUAGGCCAACAUUUCUAUUGGCAAAUAGGGAGUUUCCAAGUCCAUGCCCAAGUACUUAUUACUUCUUGGGUUGUAAUUGCUAUUUUAUUAGUUUCAGCCAUUAUAGCUGUUCGAAAUCCACAAACCAUUCCUACUGACGGUCAGAAUUUCUUUGAAUAUGUCCUUGAAUUCAUUCGAGACGUGAGCAAAACUCAGAUUGGAGAAGAAUAUGGUCCGUGGGUUCCCUUUAUUGGAACUAUGUUUCUAUUUAUUUUUGUUUCGAAUUGGUCAGGGGCUCUUUUGCCUUGGAAAAUCAUACAGUUACCUCAUGGGGAGUUAGCUGCACCCACAAAUGAUAUAAAUACUACUGUUGCAUUAGCUUUACUUACGUCGGUAGCAUAUUUUUAUGCGGGUCUUUCAAAAAAAGGAUUAGGUUAUUUUGGUAAAUACAUCCAACCAACCCCAAUCCUUUUACCGAUUAACAUCUUAGAAGAUUUCACAAAACCCUUAUCACUUAGUUUUCGACUUUUCGGAAAUAUAUUAGCUGAUGAAUUAGUAGUUGUUGUUCUUGUUUCUUUAGUACCUUUAGUGGUUCCUAUACCUGUCAUGUUCCUUGGAUUAUUUACAAGCGGUAUUCAAGCUCUUAUUUUUGCAACUUUAGCUGCGGCUUAUAUAGGUGAAUCCAUGGAAGGCCAUCAUUGACUAGUUUUCGAAAUAGUCUUUGUUUUUAUCUUAGCCCGCCGCAAUGUAUGUGCGGUUCAAAAGAAUCUACUUAAGGGAAUGAAACAAAAAUAUAGAAAGAAAUUUAUAAAAAAGAGAAAGAAAUUUAUAAAAAAGGUUAUCCAAAAUAAAAAAGAUGCAAAUAAGGUCUAAAUAAAAUAAGUAUACGAUUUUGUCUAAAAGUAAAAAAGAUUACCAGGGGGAAUUGUAAAAAAAAAUAGGAAAGAGAUCCAUCUAAAACAUCUUUUUCCUAUUUUUCCUAAAAAGACUCUUUCUUUGACCAAUUUUGACUUCCCUCCAAUGAAUAUUCUUUUUUUAUUGUUUUGGAUUUGGAUUGUUUUGUUGUAUUUUGUUUUGUUCAUUCAAUUAGAACAUUAAAGAGUAGAUUAUUUAGAUUAUAUAAUAAAUAAAAAAAAGAAUUAAUAAAUAUUAAUUAAUAAUUAAUAAAAUAGAAAUUCUAUUUAUAUAUUAUAUAUAAUUUCUAUUAAUAUAAUUAAUAUAUUAGGAUCCAUAAUUUGAAAUAAUACAAAUAAGAAUUUGUAUGGUAUCUCCGUUUACGACGUGUGAUUAAAAAGAUGUUAUAUAGAACGGAUUCUCCUUUCAUUCAGUCAUUCAAUUCAAUGAUUGACCAAAUUGGAAUAAAUAAUAAAAUCAAAUUACAUGAACUUAGAUCACUCAAAUGCUGACAUUUCUAUGCAAUAAUUCGGUCUACCGAAUUGAUUUAGAUUGAUUUUAUCCAUAUGGGCUCGUGAUAAAUAAAAGGAAGAGAAGGCUUAAAAAAAAACGAGAUUAAAAAAAAUAGGGUAGGAGUGGAGGGGUCAAACUAGGUGUAUAGAAUCUAAUCGCUAUAACACAGCUCUUUGUUUUGUGGAUGUUUCAAAAAAACUUCUCGAAUCCGAUUGAAUGUAAGACAAGAAUAAUAGGUUUACGGUAUGUAAAAAACACAUGUAUAUGUGAUAUUAGAUAUUAACUAGUUAUAUAUGAACUAAACAUAUAUCUAAAUUUGCCCUGCUACUGUAAAUUUAGAUACGGAUUCAAAAAUAGAAGUCCUUCCGUUUUAUCUAGUAUCUAGAAUUGUGAAUUGAAUCUUGAAUGAUUAAAGAGAUUAAAUCAAGAAAAAGAACGAAGAAUUCAAAGAAUGGUUUGGAAAUGGAAAGUAAGAUAAGAACAAAAGUUGUAGGGAUUCACAAAAACUAUGUGGAUAGAAACUAAAAAAUAAAUAUCGAAGUCUUUCUGAUAGUUCGAUAAAUCUUAUUAUAGUUCAAUAAAUAUUCUUUUUUUUCAAUUCGAAUUCUUAAUUACUUCGACUGGAUAAAUCUUAAUGAUGGAAUAAUUAAGUCAUAAUUUGUUGGUUGAUUGUAUCAUUAACUAUUUCUUUUCUUUAUUUUGGGUGCGAGGAAC